GCGUGUGCCUGUCAAAGAAAUCAAGUUUACUUUUUCUGACUUGUUAACAGAGGCAGGGUAUAAAUAGAGCUAACUCUGCUCAGACUAUUAGCAUUUCUCUUAAAAUAAGGGGGUAACUUCCUAGGACCUUUCAUCCAAUGAGGUCCAGACCAAAUUGCACUAUUGACAGAGGCAGCAAAGGAGCUUGCUGAAGUUUUAACCAGAAGUCAGGUGCAUUUGGGUUCCUCGAGAAUUUAAGGCUUACCAAAAAAAAAAAAAAAAAGGCAACCCCAAGGAAAACAAGAACUACCUCCGGCUCGGUCACUGCCAUUGCCCUGGAGAAGUUCUGAGAUGUUGUUGGUGCUGUUCACUCGGUGGAUGUGGAUCUUGCUGGGGAAGAGCAGUGUCCUCUUGCUUCUGGAGGUCUCUCUGAAAGGGAGAGCUCUACCUCCGAUCCGGUACUCCCACGCUGGGAUAUGCCCCAAUGACAUGAACCCCAACCUGUGGGUAGACGCCCAGAGCACUUGCAAGAGAGAGUGCGAAGCCGAUCUGGAGUGUGAGACCUUUGAGAAGUGCUGCCCUAAUGUCUGUGGAACGAAGAGCUGCGUGGCGGCUCGGUACAUGGACGUCAAGGGGAAAAAAGGGCCGGUGGGAAUGCCCAAAGAGGCAACCUGUGACCGUUUCAUGUGCAUCCAGCAAGGCUCAGAGUGCGACAUCUGGGACGGGCAACCCGUUUGCAAGUGCAAGGACAGGUGUGAGAAGGAGCCGAGCUUCACCUGUGCCUCAGACGGGCUCACCUACUACAACAAAUGCUACAUGGAUGCAGAAGCUUGCAUCAAAGGCAUUACACUGAAUGUAGUCACCUGUAGGUACCAUCUCACCUGGCCAAACACCAGCCCUAUCCCACCAGAAACAACAGCUCGCCCUACUACUGCCUAUUCUGAAACAACGGUCAUUGAUAUCUUGCCGCCUGCUCUAGUGAACAACCCCGUCCAUCAGUCAGUCUACGUGGGAGAGACCGUCAGCUUCCUCUGUGACGUUACAGGGAGACCCAAGCCAGAAAUCACAUGGGAGAAGCAGGUUGAUGGGAAAGACAAAGUCAUUAUGAAGCCAAAUCACGUCAGAGGGAACGUUGUGGUCACCAACAUUGCCCAGCUGGUCAUCUACAACACCCAGCUGCAAGACACAGGCAUCUACACCUGCACCGCCAAAAACAGCGGUGGCCUUCUCAGGGUUGAUUUCCCUUUGUCAGUCAUCAAAGGAGAACCCACAUCCAAAGAAGCUUCCCAAAACAAAACACAUUUUCCAACCGAUGAGUGCCUGAAGCAACCAGACAGCGAAGACUGUGGGGAAGAGCAGACCAGGUGGUACUAUGAUGCAAAGAAAAACAACUGCUUUACUUUCAUCUAUGGGAACUGUAACAGCAACCUCAACCACUUUGAGACCUACGAGAACUGUAUGUUAACGUGCAUGAAUGGCCCAAUCAACAUUUGCAAUCUGCCAGCCCUCCAAGGUCACUGCAAGGCCUAUGAGCCCAGAUGGGCCUAUAACAGCUUGACAAAGCAGUGCCAGUCCUUCAUUUAUGGCGGGUGUGGAGGCAACGAGAACAACUUUGAGAGCCGGGAGGCCUGUGAAGAGAUGUGCCCUUUCCCGAAGAACACGCACUGCAAAGCCUGCAAACCGCGCCAGAAGCUGGUGACAAGCUUCUGCAAAAGCGACUUUGUUAUCCUGGGCCGGAUAACAGAGCUGACCGAAGACCAAGACUCGGGACAUGCCCUGGUGACAGUGGAGGAGAUUCUCAAAGAUGAAAAAAUGGGAUUAAAGUUCCUAGGGAAGGAACCACUAGAAAUCACGCUUUUGAACAUGGACUGGAGCUGCCCAUGUCCCAACAUGACCACAGUGGACGGCCAGCUCAUCAUCAUGGGAGAUGUCCACAACGGCAUGGCUGUCCUACAGCCAGACAGCUUUGUGGGGACCUCCAGCAUCCGGCGGGUACGGAAACUCCGUGAAGUCAUCCACAAGAAAACCUGUGAGCUUUUGAAAGAGUUCCUAGGAUUGCAUUAACCUCCUUCGCACGUGUCAGCCUUCCAGACCCGUGUGUUACGUAGGGCUAACAAGCGCUAGGCUAGUGCACAAACUAAACAAGCUGUUUGAAGAUACACCGUAGGAAUUAUGCAGAACCCUUAUUUUAAUCCAUUAAUGAUGCUUAGCAACAAGGUAGUAUGGUCUUUGGCAAGCACGUAAAACAGCAGCAAAAGGCUAUUAAUCUUGCAUUGAAAUCAAUUCGUCCAUAUAGGAGUGCCAUUUAACUAGAUGACUCACUGCGGUAAUUAUACAAUUUUUAUGUAGCUUCCAUCAUAAAUGACGGAAUUCAUAGCAUUUGUUUAGCUAAUUGGUACACAGCUAAGUAAUAUAUAAUGUCAACUUAAUCUGUCUCAUUUACAGUAUGGAAAUGUUAUGGUAAGUCAUUAUAAGUAAGUCACACUUGUCUCCUCGUAGCAGCACUAAUAUUUCAAGAGAAAAGCCUGUAAAUUAUUGUCUAUAUUUACAAUUGUGCACAUUUAAC